GGACCUUGUAUUUUUCAUCGUGAAAUAAUUGAUAAAAGGUGCAGUUGAAGAUAAAAGGUGCAAUUGAAAAUAUAAAAACUGCAAAUGAUAGACCAGAAUGAUUAUUUUGGAUCGAGGAAGAGAUUUCAGAAAGUGAGCUGACACCAGGCUGCGAACAACGUUCACGUAGAGUUGGAGGUUGUUUAGAGCUAACUGUGGGCAUCUUGAUUGCGACAAAAUCACUGUGUCAUCUGCAUAUUUUAGUGUUUUAGACCCCAAUGGAUUAGUCUUCUUAUUGUUCUAAGAUUUAAUCAGAAGCAAGAUGGAAUUUCUUGGAGAAAAUCACGAGCUGAAAGCGGAAGCAGAAAGCAUUUUAAAGAAAUUUGAAGAUCAGAUAGAAAAUCUUAAGAAGUCAGAUACAGAAUCUUUUAGAAAAAAGUUUGAAGAAGCACCAGAUGUAGAGGCGAAGGGAAAGCAUUUAAGAAACUUAUUAGAAACGAAUAUUCCGGCAAGUUCUCUUCUUCUAGAUCAUCUUUUGGAAAAUAAGAAUAGAAAUCCUUUAGAGUACUUACUACUGCUAUCAUACCGGCACAGUGUAGCUAUGUCAUUAGAAUCUUUUACCAAGGCGAGAGAGUUGGCUGAGAAAGCUCAUGAGAUUGCCAAAGACUUGUACUUGAAUGCCAUCCGAAAUUAUAUGGAUCCUAAAAUACCGAGAAAAUCCGCUUACAAAGCCUACAUAAAAGCUUGUGUGGACUUACUACUUCUAUGCAGGUAUCAAGGGAAAAUUGAAGAAGCUCAGAAAUUUUUGGAUGAAGCUACAACAGUUGCAGAAAAGGAAAAUGUCAUAAAUGACAAACAUCUGUUGCGUAUUUUUCACGGUGAUAUUUUAUUAGCUAGAGGGCAGCUCAACAAAGCCAUAGACGAUGUUUUUCAUCCCCUUCUUCAUCAACAGAACCUAACGGACUAUAACAAAGGACUUCUUCUUCAAAAGUUAGGUAAUGCUUGCAGAUCCGCUGCUCGAUGGGGACAGGCAAAGAAUCAUCUUCGCAAAUCCAUACUUAUUGCUCAGAAUCAAGGUGAUAAAAUAUCAGAAUACGAUCGUGUUACGGAUCUUGGAAAUGUUUAUCGUUCAGAAGGGAGGAUUGCAGAUGCUCUAAAAAAACAAGCUAGUCACAUGGGUUAUGCCUUUAAUAGAGGAGACUUAUGGGGCUUAACAGUUGCUUGUUUCAAUAUGGGAUUUGCCUUUUACUCGAUCACUCCUAAACCAGACUUAGCAAGAGCCCUGAAAUUAUUAUCUCUGAAACAUGAGCUUGCCUCACGCACAGCUAAUGAGCCCUUAAGAGGAAUGGCUCUCAACAAUUUGGGAAAAGUAUUCUGUGCAAUGGGGCAGCAUGAAAUGGCUUUAAAAGUAAUGACUCAAUCAGUAAAAGUAGCUCAACAAACGCUGAAUAUCGCUGGAGAAGGUAUGGCUUACGGAAACAUCGGAACUUCUUACAGAUCACUUGGGAACUAUGAAGCAGCUAUUUUAAACCAUACUAAAUAUUUGACAAAUGCAUCUGGCCGAGGGGAUGAUGGAGGGGUUGCCAUCAUGCAGAGAGAACUAGCUAUCGAUUACCUCUGCAAAGGGGAUUUAGAACUUGCAGAAAAGCAAGUCAGGGAAGCCAUCACGACGCUUGAGAGCAUUAGAAGCAAGUUAGGCCCUGAAGACAGUUCUAAAAUAGCAAACUUUGACAAGAAUCAAGCCGAAACAUACAGUCUUUUACAAGUAAUUCUAUGUCGACGGGAUAAAUUUUCAGAGGCUCUGGCACUUUCAGAGUUAGCUCGAAGUCGUGCUUUAACAGAUCUGAUUAGGGACAAAAUUGUUAAGAAUAUGGAUGUUAAAAGUGCUUCUUGGAUAUACAGCUCUGAUUUUGUUUCCAGGUGGGAAGAACUUGUGGAUGAAAUUCUCAAUGAUUAUAAAGCGACAGCUGAUGCUUUGGAGACAAAUUUUUUGGUGUAUUCUGUUCUGAAAGAUUAUGACAAAAAUACUGUACAACAAUGGUUGUACAUUUGGUUGGUAUUGUGCAAGCAGAUGGCAGGAGAUGGAGAGAGGGUUCAUUUUAGGAAAGUAAUCUUGAGUGAAGGUGUGGAAGAAGAUACUCUUGUGGACAGCGGUUACUUUGCUAGUUUGACACGAAGUUUUAAAAUGGCUUCUGUUAAAGCUAUAGGAGAACUAACAGCUAAAAUAAAUUCUGAUGAAGUAAAAGAUGAAGAAGACGUAGAUUCAGAAAUACCAGACACCCCAGAGGUGAAAGAAUUGUUAUUGCUCUUAGGGUCAUUCUCUUUAUCAGAAAGUGAGCAAAGCGAAAAUCUAUCAGUUACCACCCAGAUCGAAUCUGUUGACAGAGACCUUUCCAAAACGGAAGAAAAUGACAAUACUCGAGCAGAAAUGUUCUUGGAAAGAGUAGUAGAACAUGCCUCCUGGGAACAGGACGGAGUGAAACAACUUCGUAGGCUCUACGAUGUAUGCAUUUCUCCGAUUGAAGAUUGCUUGCCUGAAAGCAGCGAUGAAAAUGCACCAAAAAUAACUAUUAUACCUCAUGAGUUUUUAUUUAACGUGCCUUUUUGCUGUCUAAAAAAUGAAAAGAAGCAGUAUUUUGUAGAACGCUUUUCCUUGAGUUAUGUACCAAGCCUUAGAGCUCUCUUUCUACUCAACCAAAGGUAUAAGUAUCUCAAAGAGCGUCAAGGACAAAGGAAACUUCAGUUGCUGGCCAUGGGAGAUCCAGUUAUGGUUUUAGAUGUUCCAGAUUUACGUUAUUCUGGUGAUGAAGCAAAGAACGUCCAAACAAUAUUCGGAUCGGAGCAAUGCCGUUUGGCUCUAAAAGAAGAAGCAACAAAAAAAUUAUUGCUCUCGGAAUUAAAAAACAUUGAUGUGCUUCACGUGGCCACCCAUGCUUGUCCCCAGGAUACUGAGGCAGGGAAAAAACCUCAAUGUGACUAUUCCAUGCGAGGUUGCCUUCUACUAGCUCCUUCCGAUGAAAACUGCUACGGUGUCGUCGAAGCAAAAGAGAUAGCAGCUACCGAGUGCAUAUGUCAGUUGGUCACUUUGAGUUGCUGUGAAACAGGACUUGGAACUCUCACAGCAUUACCAAAUAUGAUUCAAUGGGUUGCCAAUGGCAUUUUACUUUUAUUUGAUGCUGUGGUCUACUUGCGUAUCGUAUAUGAUAUGCUAGAAGCGAAGAAGUUACGAUGCAAGCGUUACAUAAGCUUAUUUAGUUUGUUUAUAGAUCAUACGGCAACAGGAAAUGUUUUCAGAUCCUUGCGUUCAGCUAUGCUGUUUUGCAUCCGGGAGAAGAAGUUACCUCCACAGCAAUGGGCAGCAUUUUCAUUAGUUGGAGCAGAAGGUUUCUAA